AUGUCAUUGAAGCCACGACGAUUGGAUAUCAUGGUCGAUCUUAUUUACUUGCUCAUAUUCGGGACCUUGGUCUAUUCUAUCGCUGUACCACAAGGCCAAUCCGGUAGUGGAAGUUGGAGAACACUUCCUUCGAUCGCUGGUGGUCCUCGUCAAGAGGAUGCCGUCGUCGCAACAUCGGACGCAGUAUGGGUGCUUGGAGGGACCAUGAUCGAUCCCUUCCGAACCGUGGACGCAGUCGAAUACUACAGCCUCAGAGACAACAACUGGCACACAGCAGCACCUUUUGGAACGCCAUUGAACCAUCUCAACGCUGCAGCUGUAGGCGAAACCAUCUACAUCCUUGGCGGCCUGUCUGAAGGACUACAAUGGCUCGCUCAAGGCAUCUCUUUGGCAUAUUCUCCUGCUGCCAACGCUUGGCAGCAAAGAGCUCCAAUGCCGCAAGGCACGCAGCGUGGAGCUUGUGCAGUGGGAGUCUACGGAACCACAAUCUACCUCGCUGGCGGCAUGACGAUCCUCGAUCUGGAGUCGGGCGACCAAGAUGUUGUGUCUACAGUCACUGCGUACGAUACAACAAGUAAUUCAUGGAACACCAAUCUUCCUCCUCUGCCACAGCCUCGUCAACAUGUAGCUGGUGCUGUCGUCGGAUCGAUAUUCUACGUACUUGGAGGAAGAACGAACGGACAAGAGAAAAUACAAAACAACGUCUACGCACUCGAUCUGAACAAUCCAAUGUCUGGGUGGAGAGAGAUGGCUCCAAUGCCGACAGCUCGUGGCGGGUUGGCUUGUGCAGCUAUUGGAGUGAUCAUUUACUGCUUGGGAGGAGAAGGUGAUCAGCAGACUCAGUCACAAGUCUUCCCGCAAGUGGAAGCGUACAAUACUGUGACGAAUCAGUGGAGCAGGUUGCCAGAUAUGCCAGUGCCGAAACAUGGAUGGGGAGUUGCGGCAAUCGAUGGAACGAUUUAUUCACCGGGUGGAGGUAUUAAAGCUGGAACAGAGCCUACAGAUGAGUUUGAUUGUUUCACACCGUGA